AUGGCCACCAGACUCCCUUCCUCCCUGCUUCGCAGCGCCGUCUGCCGGCCCAGCCCGAGCCUCAGGCAAUCACCAACAUGGCUCAGCUCCGCCAGCUUGCGCGCCUCAUAUUCCACCGAGGCGCCUCCAUCACCACUCUACGCCAAAAUUAGAGAGGAUCUGAAGGGAGCCAUGAGAGCCAAGGACACCAACCGCCUGACUGUUUUGCGUGCUGUCAUGGCUGCCACCUUGAACGCCAGCAAGACCGACAAGCCCAUCAAGACCGACGUCCAGCUCGUCGAUCUCCUCCGCAAGAUGGCCCGCAAGUCCCAGGAUGCUGUCGCUGAGUUCAAGGCUGCGGGGAGAGAAGACUUGAUUGAGAAGGAGGAGAUCCAGCAAAAUAUCAUUGAGGAGUACACCGCCCAGAGCAGCGUCAAGGAAGUCGGCAAGGAGGAAAUCGAGCAGCUUAUCACCAAGGUGGCUCAGGAACUCAUUGCGGCGGGUACUACCGAUGCGAAGGCCCUGAGAGGUGCUGUCACGGCAAGGGUGAUGGGUAAGGAGCUCAAGGAUGCGGCUGUUGCUGUCGAGAAGAAGGAAAUUACCCAGAUGAUUGGUGAGGUCUCGCAGAAGCUGGCUGAGUCGUCAUAG